AGACCGUAAACAACCAUGGAUCCGCAGAGAACAUCACUUUCGUUGACAGAUUCUAAAACGGUGACUACCCACGGUGACACUCACGAUUAUAGCAUCAUGUGCAUUUACAACAGAAUGGAAGGGAUUGAAGGGAUUGAGUUGUAUGACCGUUGAUGACCGUUCCGGUGAUUGUCACCCAGGAAUCGGCUGUCUACCGCGGGACAUUAUACUGCAUGUCAGGGUGUUGAAGAGGAGAGGAAUAAGCUCCUUGGUGAGCUGGUCAAGGGUUUUCGAGGAUCAGGGAGAGCCCCAAACAACCCCAACAAGAAGACCUGAAUUCAAAGAGAUGAAAUAAUAGACCUUAUCCACUCACUGAUGAUACAACCGUCUACUCAUAUUUUCCAAACUGCAACAACAACAACAACAACAAACUGAAUCCAAUACUAGUAAGUGGCAACCCUAAGGCAGCCAGCCACGUCCCUCCCACCAUUUGGGAACCGCUGAGUUGGAGGAGAACAACAGCGUGAAGGAGAGGAUGGGUAACAAGAGCAGCAGCACCUCCAGAGACCCAGACACUGAUACGACUCAGAGAGAGGAGAGAACCAACACUGGAACUGCCUCAGGAAGUGGUCACCCAGGCCCCAGCCCUGACCUGCUUGCCUCACUACAGUCAUUGGGAGAACACAAUGACCACACACUGCUGCCACAGUCUCUACACCAGAUAGCAGAGGCCUACUCCCUGGAUGAGGACUACCAGUGGGCGGUGCAGUUCCUGCAGCUGGAGAAACUGUACCAUGAGCGCCUCCUGUCCAAUCUUGCUGCCCUGCAGGAGGACUGGGAGAGCCAAUGGAGAGAGCGUAACAGAGUAGCAGAGAGCACCUCCCCAGCUGAGACCAACAGCACUGGACAGGAACACAUAGAAAUGCUGAGCCAGAUCUGCAGGACGCACCAGAGACCAAUGCUUAGUGCGAAAAUGAGCAUGGCAGACACGGUGCUGAAAGACAGCCACAACACCAGGGGGCAGUGUGAUGGGAGAGAGAAAGAAAGGUCACCAUCCCAUCAUGGAAAAGUCAGAGUCAACAACCCUGUAAGACAGAGUGAGGAGGAUGUUAAGGAGACCACGUCAACAGGAGCUGUCCCUGACACGGCUGAGGAGGGAGGAGAGGAGCGAGAGCGAGGAAAGGAAGAGUUGGAGGAGGAAGGGCAGGGGGUGGAUGAAGAGGAGGUGUUUGAGGAGAGUCCAGAAGAGGAGGUGCAGGUGGUGGAGUGGCCAUCGGGGGUUCCCCAAGCCUCAGCCGAAGACCUGGACAAACUGUCUCAAGUGGAGGAGAGCUCCUCAGCAGAUGGCCUGGUGUCCAUUCUAAAGAGGAGGAGGGCAUCGUUAGAUGGCCUGCCCCCCGAGGGUCCCGAUGCAGCCAAACACAACUCCAAACGAAAGGUGCACUUCAGCCAGCCAGAGGACGACAUGGAACCAGACGAGGUGGGCGGAGACUCGUGUUUGUUCCUGCUGUUGUUGUGCCUGGUAACCGUGGUGAUCAGUCUGGGCGGGACGGCUCUGUACUGCACACUAGUGGACACAUACAGUAGCAUCUGCAUUGAUUUCUCUCACAACGUAUAGACCUUUACAUUGUGCACGUACAACGCUUCCUGGAUAGGUUCAGCCACUGGAUGCCCAUACGAUCAUAGUCAGGACUACUGCUGCAGUCAGGACAUACAGUCAGGACAUACAGUCACUUACUGCUGCAGUCAGGACAUACAGUCAGGACAUACAGUCACUUACUGCUGCAGUCAGGACAUACAGUCAGGACAUACAGUCAGGACAUACAGUCAGGACAUACAGUCACUUACUGCUGCAGUCAGGACAUACAGUCAGGACAUACAGUCACUUACUGCUGCAGUCAGGACAUACAGUCAGGACAUACAGUCAGGACAUACAGUCAGGACAUACAGUCACUUACUGCUGCAGUCAGGACAUACAGUCAGGACAUACAGUCACUUACUGCUGCAGUCAGGACAUACAGUCACUUACUGCUGCAGUCAGGACAUACAGUCAGGACAUACAGUCACUUACUGCUGCAGUCAGGACAUACAGUCACUUACCUACUGCUGCAGACGAUGUAGACUCAGUAGCCCACUGUAGCAGUCUAUGGACUAAACAUACAGAAGAACCUACCUACUGUAGCAGUCUAUGGACUAAACAUAUAGAAGAACCUACCUACUGUAGCAGUCAAUGGACUAAAUAUACAGAAUAACCUACCUACUGUAGAAGUCUAUGGACUAAACAUACAGAAGGACCUACCUACUGUAGAAGUCUAUGGACUAAACAUACAGAAGGACCUACCUACUGUAGCAGUCAAGGUCAUAAGGUCAUUGUUGUUCAUUGGAAGGGCCUGAAAUAAAGACUGAAUGAUCAGUGA